ACGAACGCUAUAACACUACGUUCUCAUUAUAGUGAAAUUAAGUUAAAUGACUUAUUCAUUCGCUCCGAAUUCUGAGGAAGAGGUGCAUGUCUCUUGUGCGUUUGGCUUCCAGCAAACCUACUUCAGGAUUCAAAUAUAAAGUAUACUCAUUAUUCAAGAUGCGUCUCCAAUCCUCGCUUCUUUUGGCUGCGGCUCUGGUGUCUUGCGUAGGGACAGAGAACAGUGUCCACUCUGAAGAUGUGAAUGGCAAAGAAUAUGCGUCCAGACGUUUCGGUGAAUUGGGUACCAUCAACAAGAAGCUUAAUAAGAAGCUUGAAAAUGCUUCAGUAGAAAUUGAUGGAUUCUUAGUCAAUCGUAACGAAUCAUCAGCUCACAGAACGAUAGAAAUAAUUAAGGAGUACAUAAGCAGCAGGGAAGAGUUUAUAGAGCAAAUACUUAUCCUAAAGACCAACGCCCCGCAUUUGAGAAAUUUAUCCUUCCUCGACGAAUCCAGGUGGAAUAAGGAGUUAAAUCAGACAAAGAAGGAGUUGUCGAAGCUUGAACAGGUUCUGAAAUUGUACCAGAUGUUACUUAAGUUAAACGAGACGAGUGAAAUAGCCAAUGACGUAAUAAAACUAUUUAAAUUGGAGGGAAAGGGGCGACAUCUAGAGAGCGCAAUUAAGUUAACGGAGGAAUUAGUACAGGAAAUAACAUCCUUCAUUCAAGAAGUAUCUGUUGUCCAGAAUUUCAUAAUAUCCCAAAAUUUGACAGAGGUCAUUACAAGUAUAUGGAUUGAACAGCUCUUAGACAUACAAUACCUGGAAAAUCUUCUGAAAAACAAAACUGAGGAUUUACGUGCACUUCAGAGAACAAAAAUUCCAGUAGUAAUCAACAUAUAUAUCCGACCUUCUCUGUUUGUGUUCAUUUUUGUGGUAGGACUGGCAGAAAAUGGUGUACUCAUUACCAUUUUCGCCCGUUACCACAAAAUUCGCAAAUACAGAAAUAUGAUUAUCCUUAACCUGUCAAUCGCUGACACAUUAUCUCUUAUUAUCAAUUUGCCUGUGACGCAACUGUAUGAAUCAGUGUCGUCAUGGAAUGUGAGUCCAGUUACUGCCCAGAUCUUCAUGUUUUGUCGGUUCCUUUGCUUUGGGCUCAGCGUUUUCUCAGCAUCUGCUCUCUGCUUACAGCGCUUCUCAACAACCCUCAAACUUUCGGUUCGCAGUGGAUUCAUUAUCCGACAAUCUACGAAACACGAUUCUAUUAUUCUGAUUUCAGCAGUUUGGAUGCUGUCUAUCGCCUUCGCUAUACCCCAUAGUCUGUAUGGCUGUAUUUACUUCGAGGAGUGUUUCAACACAAAUGUGGAACUAAAUUCCAAAAUAGCAAAUGAUUUGUUCUUAAUCGAUCUGAUUGGCCUCUCUCUUAUUCCUGUCGUAGUCAUCACGAUACUUUACUGGUUCACUGUUCGUCACCUGAAACGCAGAGCACUCAGACUUCCAGCAGACUUGCCUGAACAUCAAAAAGCAUACCAAAGAAAAAUACUGUCAAGAAGCAAGAACAUCAUGACACUAACCCCAAUUGUUUUUGCUGUCACUUCUUUGCCCUAUUAUUUUUACGUAACUAUAGAUUCUUUCAUGGGCAGCGACAUAAAUUCUCUUUCGUACACAAUCAUUAAAGGAGCCCUAUACUGCCUGAUUUUUGUGAACUGCAGUUUCAAUCCUGCUGCCCUAUAUUUCACGAGCGGAACUUUUAGACGUUAUGUCAGAAUGCAUUUCUUCUGGUGCAGACGAAAGACAGACAAACGUAUCAAACAAAAACAAACACAGCGAGUCUUACCCGGUGAGGAAGACAAUACAAUGGACACUGCUCUUUGAAGCACAACAUUUCUGACACGAAUAUAUCGACAAGUCUACAUUUGUUCCCGCAAUAUUCAUCUUAGAUACUAAAAGCCAAAUUCUGAGUGUCAGAACUUUGUGUCUCGGCACAUCACAACUACAAGACGUUUGGAUUUCGUGCUAUGCAAAAUUAGAAUUCUCUUUCAAAUUCGUAAUUAUUUAGUACAAAUCUAUUAAAGAGACAUGUACAGCAGGCAUCAGGAGGCGUAAGAAGAAAUUUAAUAGCCUAUUUUA